AUGCGAUUCUCCAGCACCCUAAUAACUCUGGCCAGCGUGCCGUACGUAUUGUCAUUCCCGAAUGCAAAGCGGCAGACAGACGAACCCCAGCAGACCGACCUGUCUGGCCAAGAGAGAAUCAACUAUACCUACUUCGAGGGACAUGGUGAUGCACCUGUGGCCAUCGAUUUGAAUCUCGACGCAGAUGGCCGGAAUGAGACCGCCCCCUUACUCUACGGCUGGAUGUUCGAGGACAUCAGUCACAGCGGCGAUGGCGGCAUCUACGCAGAAGCGAUCCAGAACAGGGCGUUCCAGGGCUCGACCCGCGACAACCCAGGCUUACCUUUCGGUCCAUCGCUCGAUGGCUACUACCCCGUCGGCAACGUGACGCUGAGGCUCAGUCGAAUGCAACCACUGUCAGAAGCCCUGCCAGUGGUGAUGGAAAUGGAAAUCGGCGGUCUGGCCGAAGGCGAGGUCGGCUUCUUCAACGAAGGCUGGUGGGGCAUCAAUGUCGAACCCGGCACCUACAAUGUCUCGUUCUACGCAAAAGGUAACGGCGCACGCAUGAAUGGCACCCUCUCGAGCGUCAACGUCUCCCUCCGCUCAAACCUGACCGACGACACCUGGGCCGAACAAACCAUCGAAAUGACUGAGGACAAGAACAUCUCCUACUUCUCCUGGACGCAAUUCGAAACCCAGCUCGUAGUCGAAGAAUCCGCCCCGAACUCCAACAACUCCUUUUACCUAACCUUCAACGCGUCCGAAGUCGCCGGCGACGUCUUCUACUUCUCCCUCAUCUCUCUCUUCCCCGAAACCUACAAGAACCGCCCGAACGGCAUCCGUCGAGACCUCGGCCAAAUUGUCGAAGACUUGGGAACGACCUUCUUCCGCUUCCCCGGGGGCAACAACCUCGAAGGCGAGUCCAUCGAUCAGCGCUGGAAAUGGGACAAGACUCUCGGUCCCUUGAUCGACCGCGCAGGCCGUGUGGGCAAUUGGGGUUACUACAAUACCGACGGCCUCGGGCUGAUGGAGUACCUCCUCUUCUGCGAGGAUGUCGGCAUGGAGCCUGUUCUGGGCGUGUACUCGGGGUACUCCCUUGACAACUAUGGCGCGGGGGACACGAGUUUCCCGGAAGACGCAAUGAGGCCUGUCCUUGAGGACAUUCUGAACGAGUUGGAGUUCAUCACGGGGAAUACGUCGACGUACUGGGGAAAUUAUCGUGCCGAGCUUGGGCAUCCGGAGCCGUUUGAGUUGAAUUUCGUCGAGAUCGGGAACGAGGACUGGUUCUCACCGUCUUCUUACAAUUACCGCUUUCCCUAUCUGUACUCCGGCAUCAAAGACGCCUAUCCCAACCUGACCCUCAUCGCCUCUGCAUACAACGAGCGCGACUACAACCUCACCUUGCCGCCCGGCGUCAUCUGGGACACGCAUCACUACGAGCUGCCUAGUUACUUUUUGCAGAACUUCGACUUUUACGAUAACUGGAGGGAAGAGACAAAUAAUUCCGAUGUGGGCGUCUUCAUCGGCGAAUACUCCGUCUUCCAAAUCGACAGCACACUCCCCGAGCUAAACUUCUCCCGCCCGCCACCAAUUGAGCAUGUCUCCUCUCCACGCCUCCUCUCCAUCAUCGGCGAAGGUGUAUACCUGCUAGGAGCGGAACGGAAUCCGGACGUGGUCAGGAUGGCCGGUUACGCACCCAGCUUCUGCAAUCUAAAUAGUGUCCAAUGGGAUCCUGACCUGGUUGAUUUCACUGCGAAUUACAACGAAACUGUGCGCAGCACCUCAUACUUCUUGCAGCAACUCUUCGCCCAUUCUAGAGGCACCCACACUUUGCCGGUGACGAACUCGGAGGGCGAAUUCAACCCACUCUGGUGGAGCGCGACUAUUGAUGAGGACGUCAAUGCUGUGUAUGUUAAGGUCAUUAACAGCGGCAAUGCCACCGUUGACUUUUCCGUCAAUGUUGGCGCGGAAUAG